AUGCCAACCCUUUCCGGACUCUAUACCUCGUUCUCUGGUCGAACGCUGACCAUCGAUGAAGGAAACCGGCUUAUUCUCCUCCCGAAGGAUGGUCGGCCUGAUACCAUCGACAGUCUCCGAGCGGAUGGCGAGUUCUGGCUAUGUCGCAAUGAUGGCUUGAUUGGAAAGUUCGGGAACCCUACCAAGAUUGUUUUCCAGGACCAGGAUCAAGGAUAUCAUAUUUGGGUUGAGCCGCGUGGCUUCAGCGACGGAGCAAAUGAGUAUGGCCUGAUCCCCAUUUUGCCCGGAGGAGAAUACAGCAACCGUUUCUUGGCUGUCAAUGAUGCUCUUGACCGACUGGAGGUUGUCGAUUCCUGGACACGGGAGGCGAUGUUCCGGUGUGUAGAGUAGCCACCUGGGCUCAGAGUCAUGCUACAGCUCGGCGGAUUUAUUCUUGCUCCUUGUCCAAGACACUCGAUUUUGCAUUGUGAAUAUGAGAUGAAACUUGCUUUGGCUGCCAUUGUCUCAUAUUGUUGGGGUUACGGUCCUAUAGGUGGUGCAAUCAAGGUUACAUCUGACGGCGCCCAGUCCGUGCGCCGACCACGCAUGCAUGUCUAAGCAAUUCUCGGAGAAAAUCCUACUGGAUGG